AUGUCUGAAGUGAAUAUCGACGGCUUUUUCUCGCUCGACGGCAAAGUAGCCCUCAUUACAGGCGGCUCUCGCGGUCUGGGCUUACAUACAGCAACGGCGUUUCUUCUCGCUGGCGCCAAAACACUGUUCAUCAGCGCUCGGAAAGCUGGCGGCGCACAAGGAAUAGAUCAAGCAGUCGAUCGUCUCAAUGCUCUGGCCAAGCAGAAGUCCCUCCCGGGUAGGGCGAUUGGUAUAGCCGCGAACGUAGCACAAGAAGAAGACAUCAGGCGUCUCGUGAGCGAAGUGCAGAAGCAUGAGUCCAAGCUUGAUAUUCUUGUGGCCAACGCUGGAGCUACUUGGGGAGGCCCUUUCGAGCCGACACCGGACUGGAGCAGCCAAAAGAUCUUGGACCUGAACGUCAGAGGAGUUUUCAACCUGGCACGGCUAUUCGCGCCAAUGCUUUCCGCAGCUGGUAAACCCGAUGAUCCUUCUCGAAUUGUGAUCAUGUCGUCUGUUGCAGGAACGCAUGUCAGUCACGUUGGGGAACAUGGCACAAUCAUGUACUCGGCGUCAAAAGCCGCGGCCCAUCACCUGGGAAGGAAUUUGGCUGUUGAGCUUGGUCCUCGCAACAUCACGGUCAACACAGUAGCUCCCGGAUUCUUCCCAUCCAAGCUGGCUUCCGGGCUCAUAGAGAUUCUGGGCGGCGAAGAAGAGCUAUCGCGGGAGAAUCCGCGGAAAAGGCUUGGUGAGCCAAACGACAUUGCUGGUGUGAUGCUUUUUCUGUGCUCAAAAGCAUCGAACUAUGUCAAUGGUGAAUACAUCUCAGUUGAUGGCGGGGCGAGACUAGGCGCUGGCCGCCUGACAAGACUAUAG